AUCAGUCACUAAAAGAGCUUCGUGGAGGACACAACUUCAAGAGAAAAUUUCUUUCCGUUUUUAUUUUAAAAUAAAGUAAAAUCAAUAAAAGUCGGAAAAUGGAUUUCUUGAGUGGAAAAUCUUACAAAUCCAAAUGCUGUGAAGGAGGAUUCGAACUUCAAAAGCAUCUGAUGCUCUAUUGUUACGCAAAACUUAGAAAGAUGGGCUGCCAGACAUUUUCUGUUGGAUACGAAGUUGAAGAUUUCACGAAAUUCGACGACGUUGUCUGCCAUUUUGAAAUGAACGAAACUAAAUAUUUGUUCCCAAUUCAAGCGAAGUUCGUUCUAAAGGACGAACAAAAGAUUAAUCAACGCGAUUUCAUCAACGAUAAAGGAAGAAUUAACUUAAAGAAACACAUUGAAGGCAUUUUGAACUUUCAACAGUUAACGGAAGGCAGAGAGGUACGAUAUAUUAUUGCAACAACUGCACAAAUGAAAAUGGAUAUGGAAAAUAUUAGAUUUAAGUCACUUCAAAUAGGGGAAAAUCAAAUGAAUAUUUUAGAUCUUUUCAGAGAUUCAGGGGCAAAAGUCUUGCAAAUAGACCCUGAAUUUGAAGAAUUUAAAGAGGUUUUGCAACAAAUCGAAACAGAUUUAAAAAUCUCAAGAAAUACCCUAGUCGAUAUAAUUAACCGCCUAAUAUUUCAAACAGAAGUACCAAAGAAAGAUAAUUUUUUGGGAAUAAUCCAAGACUUACUAGCUGAUGUGGACGUUGUGAAUAGAGACACGUUCUUUCAAACAUUCCAAAAUCGAACAAUGAAUUACAUUAAAUAUGAUAAAGCCACAAAUGAACGAAAAGUUAUAAGUCAAGCUGCAUUCAAUGUUCUUUUAAGAGGUUCAGUGCUCGAGGCAGAUCUACCAGGAAUUUCUGACUCAUUUCUCUCUGAGUUAAAGUUAUCAGUUGAAUUCGAAAGUCAUUUCCUAGAAGAAACGUGGAAAAGUUUGCAAAAUUCUUCCAAAUUCAUAAGAUGUGAGGAAAAUCUAAAUUUGACUGCACUGAGAGUUUGGCAUUCAGUCAAAAUGGCGCACGGAGACGCCAUUUUGAUUCCCAUGUCUAAACUCAAUGACUUCCAUAUUAAAUCUUUGGCUUUUUGUGAGGAAAUAGAAAGAAAUAUAGUAAUUCUUGUUGAUAAAAAAAUGGAUUUAAAAAUUUCCAUGGAAAAGGAAAACAUUUAUUUUGUUGAAAAGAUCCAAGAUGGUAAACUAUCGCCAUUUUCCUACGAUGAACUCACAAUAAAUGCAAAACAAGAAUUUGAAGAAAAAGUUAUAAAAAUUCAAAAUUUUCCGUUACAGUUGAAACAUUUUCCAAAAAAUGAAUACAAAGAUUAUAAAAAAUUAUUUGAAAAAUUCUUUUUUCUUUUCCUUGAUGGGAAGGUCGUUGAAAUUGGUGGAAAAAUUCCAGAAAACCAUCAUCCGCAUAUUGAGAGGUGGUUCAAAUUUAUAGGGCCUGAAUUAUAUAAAAUCGAUAAAUUCCCUUUUAUUGUAGAAAAUAAAGUUUUUCUAACAAUUCCUAAAUGCAUCGUUAAGGGUCAUCCGGGUAUGGGAAAAUCAUUCACUUUGAAGAAUAUGAUGAAGGAAUUUAAACAAAAAUAUCCUCAUUUUUGGGUUGAGUUUGUUCAACUAAAUUUACUUGGAGGCGCUUUUGUAAAACUGAAAGAAAAGAAAUACCAUCUUACGGAGAAUGAUGCAAAAGAAUUUCUUCUUAAUGAAAUUUUAUCUUUGAAAGAAAAAUUGGAUCGAGAACUAAUUGAUUACUACUUAACAUUUGAACGUCCUCCAAUAAUUCUAAUUUUUGAUGGUUUUGAUGAGAUUAUGCCAACGUACGAGGAAGUUGUGCUCAAUUUUAUUCAAAAACUGAUUGGAUUGAAACUUAAAAUUGUUAUUUCUGGACGCCCACAUUGCGAAAGAGUUUUAAAAGGCCUCAAAGACUUUAAAGAAAUUGAAAUCUAUUUUUACUCUGAGGAACAGCUUGAAAGUUUUGUACAAAAAUAUUAUGAGUACAAAUGUAAAUCAUGCACAUCACCCAAAAAGUCACAUAAAUCAUUUGAAUCUUUCAAUAGAAUUUUGAAACACAUGAUGAAAAAUUCAAAUAAACUCGAACAAUUUCCUCUUUAUUUGAAAUUGCUUUCCGACAUUGCUUUCAACAUACAGCAAAAUUCCGAAAAAGUACUAGAUGAAGGCCACAAAAUUGAUAUUUUAUGGAUUUACAAUGAAAUAUUUGAAUUGUCUGUCGAUAAUUACUUGAGGGAAAAAGAAGGAAUUGACACAUCUUCAAAUUUGGCUGUGAAGAGAAUUGAAAGAAUGAAGAAAGAUUUUAAAUUGUUCUAUUCCCACGUAGCUGCUAGAGAAAUGAAUAUAGAUAUAGAUUUACCACCACUUCCAGUUUUAUCAGUAGAAGAAAUUAUUGCACCAGGUUUCCUUGUAACCUUUAGUCAGUUAGUAUCAAAUGACACAAAAAGGACAAUCGCAAAUGCAAAUCGGUUUGUGUUCAUUCAUCGAACAUUUGCAGAAUAUUUUAUUGCUCUAACAGUAAUGGACAAUUUAGAAAGUUGUACAGACAGAGUUGUAAAUUUAUUAAAUAAAAAUAAAGAGUUCGAUUCAAUAUUUAAGUUUCUAUGUCCACUGCUGAGUGAUAAAAUAAAUGAAAAUAAAAUAACUCUUGAUAUUCCACAGAAGAACUGUGAUGAAAGAGAACUGAUUUUGAGAUUUUUCAAUAAUGUUGCUAAAUAUUGUUGGGCCGACUAUUCAACAAAACAUUUAAAAGACAUCAUUACAUUUUUAGACAUUAAAUUUUCCCAAGAUGGAUUAAAGUUCUUCAAAGAUGAAGAUUUGUUUGAGCGAUGGUCACUUGAUAAUACAAGUUCUACUGCUAUAAAGAUUGAAUUGCUUUAUAAGUCAAGAAAUGAAGAAUGUUCUUAUAGUAAAUUAUUUGAGGAAUUUUCACGAAUUGGCGAAAACGAUUUAAUAAAAAAGUUAGCAGGUCUCGAAGAUUUUGAAAAAUUCAGAAAGACAACUGAACUUGUUGAGACGUAUUGCAAUUCAUUUCACAAAUUUCUUCAAAAGCUCUUGGAAGAAAUUCUUAACCCAAGUCAUGAAUGGUCAUGGUUUGAGUAUUGUGAUAAAUUGUUUUGGUGCUUUUGGAAGAUCUUUAAUUACUCUGAGAACUUCAGAAGCUUUCACGCGGAAACUCGUGAAAUAAUAAACAAAUCGGAAUUGGAUCGAGACAAAAAAGAUGGCUGUAAUUUCCUUGUUACUGUAGUAAGUAAAAGUAAAAGAGAUAAAUAUUCAACAUUUGAAGGAUUUAUAAAAGAUAUUUGUUGCAACAUUCUAUGUAGUGACGGUAUUUUCAAGUUCUUCCAAGUGUUCAACGAAAGAACUUUUGUGUAUAAAGAAGUGUUUACGAAUUUCUAUAGAAUAUUUGAAAACAAUACUCAAAAAUUAAUUUUAUCUGACAACAAUUCAAUUCUUUAUCAUUUUUGGAUUGAAAAGGAAAUGUUCAAAUUGCUGGAUUUUAUAGAAAAUAUUUCCGAUAAGUUUUUCAGAAAUUUAACUGAAAGUCCCCUCUUUGGUGGAAAAUCUCUUGAAGAAUAUUACAAAGAAUCAAAAGAAAAAGAAGAAGAUGUUUUCUUAGAUGUACUGUACUUCUGGUAUAUUUACAGGCUUCACUUUAAUACAAUCAAAGAGUUACUUUGUAAAUACCAGAAAGAUACAAAUAUCUCCAGAGCCAUUGUUAAGGAUUUAAGUCUUUGCACAACAUUGGCCUUUUAUGCGGAAUACGAAACUGAACAAGAGAAUGUAAAAAAUAUUAUUAAGACUUUUUGCCAAAAUAUUCUCAAUUGGGAAGUUGAAAAUGGUACAAAAAUUAAUUUUCUGCAUUGCCUGGCAAAAAUUAACAAACCUCCUAUAUAUCCUAAAGUUUGUAAUGAAACUCACCAGAGAGAAUUUAAAAUGUUCGAAUGGGUACUUUAUCAUAUUUUUGAAUAUUUACUUAAAGCAAAAGAACAUAAAAAUAACAGUAAAAAUCCCCUUUUUCGGAUGCUUUAUGAACGUGAUAAUGAUGGUAAUAUUCCUCUUCAGAUUUAUGUAUUACAAAAUAAUUGUACAUUACUUGGUACCAUAUUUGCAAACAUAGAUAAAGGAAUAUGUUGUGAUAUGUUCAGUAAAAAGAACAACAGAAAGCAAAACUUCUUCCACUGUUUCGAUACUACAACAUUCACUUGGUCCAAUUCCCCAAAUAGUAAAUAUAAAAAUUUUUUUAAAACCUUAUAUAGCUCUUCUUAUGACAAAUUAUUCUUAGAAAGAGAUAUUGAUGGAAAAACCCCAUUUCAUUCUAUUAAUUUUUUCGAAGCUCCUUUUAUUAAUUGGCUAGAAUAUGUAUCAACUAAAACUUUUAUAAGUUUAUUGCAAAUUUAUGAUAAAGAUGGUAAUAAUAUUUUACAUUAUAUGGCAAAACACAAGCAAAGUGCUUCAAGACAAAUACAGCCAUUAAGAAAGCAUGUUGAUGGAAGUCGUCACUCACAUAUCCCAAUAAAAAAUGCUCUAAAAUACAAAAAUAAUUCAAAUGAAACUCCAUUAGAUGUAUGCAAAGACUGUGCUUAUUGCGGUGAUGAAUAUGAAAAUUGUGAAAUGAAAAAGGAAUUUGAAACGAUUUUGAAAAAAAAAAUUUAUAGAAUUUGAAUUUAGAAGCUAUAUGGUAUUAAGUUCAGAAAAAAUUACAAAACAAACAUUACAUGAUUAAUUAUACCUCCGCCACAGUUUUUUUUAGGGUUCCAGCAAGAAAGUGAAAAAUCUUUAAUUCUCUUCUCUGACAAACACCAUCGGGAACCAAUGAAUUAUAAAUACUACAUGUACAUUUGAACUGUACAACUGUACAUAAUUUUCAGUUCAAAUUUAUGAAUUUUUAAUUUUGAAGUGAAUAAUCAUUACGUAGAAAUUUAGUAAAAUUUAACGAAAUUUUAGUCUUUUUGAACAUAAACCUGUAAACUGGAGAGAAUAGUUUAUUUUCACCGAAAUCUCCAGUUUUUUUUCUAUGCAGAGUGCUUCAAUUCUUCUAAGUUGUGUGUUGUCAUUUGCAGUGAAGCCGCGAUUGAGUGAAGACGUAAAGUUUUUCGCUCCCGCGUUUUUUUUUGGGAAAAGAUAAUUAUGCUGAUUACCAACAAAUAUGAAAAUGAAAAAUGAACAUUAAUGAUGAAAUGGAAGCCAAUAGGCAUCAAAAUGUAAUUAGAAUUAAAUUAUUUCAAGUAAAAGUGAAAAUUUAAUUUUAAAAAUUUUAAUAAGAAAUUCUGUUAAAAAUAACAAAAAUUUAGUAAAAUUUACGGAGACAUCAUAGAGAAAUUAACUAAUAUUUCGUUAAAAAAAAAACUAAAAUAUCUCGGUUUUCUCGUAGACUUCUGUUAAAUUCAUUUAACUAAAAUUUUAGUUAAAGAAUUUUAACUAAGAUGUGUGCAAAAAUACCGUAGAAUGCCCAUUCCGUAAAAUUUACGGUGAAAAAUUUUAGUGUGUAACGUUUUUUUCUAAAUAAUUUUUAUAUUUUGUAUAUACUUAUGAAAAAUUUAUUAUACUAGUCAACCCGAGCCCCCAAUCACGUGUGAGCAAACUCUAUUUUUUAAGCUAUAAAUGGGGGGCGUAUAUUAGCAGGGGGGAUGAAUAAUACGGUACCCCGAAAAAUUCCAAAAAUAAAAAAAUCCCGUUAUCUGACCCUUCAACAGGUAGAAAAUGGGAAAAAAUCAAUUUUUCUGUGGGGGCGCUAUAAAGGGGGGUCGGGGCGGAAUCCCAUAUAGCGCUUGCAACUCGUAUUGACCCCCUCUACCUUCAUACCUUUCAUCAAGAUCGGCCCAGCCGUUUAGGAGGAGUUCAUGUGCCACAGACAGACAGACAGACAGACAGACAGACUUUUCAGCUUUAUAUAUUAAGAUUAUCUUUAUGAUAUUUUCUUGUAUUAUCUUUUUGUGAAAAAUAAGUCUUUAAGUAUGUACCUACUAAAAGAAAUACUAAAAACUUAAAAUAAAAAUCAU